UUUAUGUUUGAGUUGUUUAUCUCCAAGUGAUUCCUUGAUUAACUGUAACCGUAUUCGGCCUUCAUCACGGUUUUGUAGAUGGUUGAUUUGUAAACUAAAUUUGGUUGCUCGGGACGGAAAAUCUAAACAUCUAAAAAUGAAGACUAUUUUAGCUGCACAAACCGUCAAAAUCCCAAAAGGAGUUGAAGUAAAAGUCCGAUCUCGAGCAGUAACCGUCAGAGGACCUCGUGGUAUAUUGCGUAGGAGUUUCAAGCAUGUUCAAGUUGACAUGCAAGUUGUUGGCAAAGAUAAACUGGUAGUACAAAAAUGGUUUGGAAUUCGUAAAGAAUUGGCAACAGUUCGUACAGUAUGUUCUCACAUUGAGAACAUGAUCAAAGGAGUAACAGUGGGAUACCAAUAUAAAAUGCGAUCAGUGUAUGCUCACUUCCCCAUUAACGUUACCACAUCUAAGGAUGGAUCUCUUGUAGAAAUAAGAAAUUUCUUGGGUGAGAAGAUUGUAAGGCGUGUUCGUAUGCAGCCAGGUGUAGUAUGCCAGAAUUCUUCACAACAGAAAGAUGAACUAAUUCUUCAAGGCAAUGACAUUGAAUUAGUUUCUAGAUCAGCUGCUCUAAUACAUCAGUCAACGUUAGUAAAGAACAAGGAUAUCAGAAAAUUCUUGGAUGGUAUCUAUGUCUCAGAAAAAACAACUGUUGUUGCUGCAGAAAACUAAAUGUGAAAAAUAAAUAAUUAAUGAAA